AUGAGUUCAGGCAUGGUUGCAUCUUGCGAGGCAACACCCUUCUUCUCUGCUAGCAAAUCCACCAGAUUCCCUAUUCUCUCCACCUUUCGCCGCCACUCUCUAUCGCUCCCUUUCGUAUCCUCUUCCCCCAAUCUCGUCAUCUCUCCCAGUGAACCUCUCACUCUCACUCCACUCGAACACUCUCCUCUCUUCGAUUACCACCGCCUUGAUCAACAACUCCUCCGAACCCUCGCUUACGACGCCCUCGUUUGGAGCUCUCUCCACGGCCUCCUCGUCGCCGACAAAUCCAUUCAGAAUUCAGGAAGCGUUCCUGGCGUUGGAUUAGUGCAUGCUCCGGUUGCCUUGUUACCCACGCCAUUUCCUGAAAACCAGUGGAGGGAGGCGACUGAGUUGGCUCCUAUAUUCAAUGAACUCGUUGAUCGGAUCAGCUUGGAUGCAACGUUUAUCCACCAGUGUCUCUCCAGAACUAAGAAAGCGGAUGAGUUCACCUCUAGACUUUUAGAUAUUCAUUCCAAGAUGCUACAAAUUGGCAAAAAAGAGACUAAAUCACUUUUGCAAAUAGAACUAAACACUAUCGCCUCUUCAUUUGCCGGUCUUAGUAAUCUUGUGACUGAACUUCAUAGCUAUGGUGGUUUGAAAUCGGAGUUGAUUCAGGAUAGUCAAACUUGCACGAUAGCAAAGCUAUUAGUGCCAUCAAGUGGCACCGGGGCAGGUGGCCGCUACUGGAGUUCAUUCAUGCCUGAUAUUGAUGAUUACAAAAGUAUCCCUGCCAACGAUGCCGUGAAUCAGUAUGCGGAGGCCUUAGCUAAAGCUUGGAGUGAGUAUAACAACCCCAGGGCCGUGAUUAUGAUUGUAGUUCAGACUGAAGAACGAAACAUGUACGACCAGCAUUUUGUUUCUGCUACGUUGGCCGAAGUUGAUCAAGAAGGAGAAAUUCUACCUGAUGGAACACUAUCAGUGAAUGGACAAGCAAUUUCAGUCAUUUAUUUCCGGGCAGGCUAUACACCAGUUGACUAUCCUUCAGAAUCGGAAUGGAGAGUUAGGUCACUGAUGGAACAAUCUUCUGCCAUCAAAUGUCCUUCAAUAUCAUAUCAUCUGGUUGGCACCAAAAUGAUUCAACAGGAACUUGCAAAGCCUGGUGUGCUUGAGAGGAUCUGCUCCCAUCGAUGUGUUGCUCAGUUGGUUGGUCAUGAUAUCAUUGUAUCCUCUAGGUUUGGAAUGAUGAGGUUUUUAACCAAAAUAUCAUUGGAUUGGCUGGAGGGAGUUUCCUAUCGAAAGCUCAUGGUGUCUACAGAGCUGAUCCUAAUUGGAGAAGCCCCCCGGUCCCAAUUUUAUUUCAGAAAACAAGCAGUUCUAUGGCUAAUCCUUGAGUUAAGCAGGUUCCUUGAAAGCAAAGAUGACAUUGCCAAACUGCGUAAAUGCUUUGCUGGUUUGUGGAGUUUGGAUGACUCUAAUAUUGUUAGAAAAGCAAUUGAAAGACCGGAGUUAUUUGUGAUGAAACCCCAAAGAGAAGGAGGAGGAAACAAUAUUUAUGGUUAUGAUGUGAGGGAAACUCUCCUAAAAUUGCAGCUAGCAGGUUCUCAAGAAAAUGGAGCUUAUAUCCUCAUGCAGAGGAUAUUUCCAUCUCUUUCUGCAGCAAUUUUGAUGCGUAAUGGUCGUUGGCAUAAGGAUAGUGUCAUUUCAGAACUUGGCGUAUUCGGUACUUAUUUAAGGAAUAAGGAUAGGGUUAUCAUGAAUAAACAAAGUGGUUAUUUGAUGCGUACAAAAACAUCAUCAUCUGAUGAAGGUGGUGUUGCAGCUGGUUUUGCAGUGCUAGAUAGUCUAUACCUGACUUGA